CACCAUCGCCAUCCACCAACCACCAUGGCGCGCUCUAAAAGAGUCCUCUCCUUCAUGUCGGAAUGGGGAGGAAGUAACUCACAUCGCCGAAACGCCUCGUCUGCCUCCGCCGCCGUUUCCCCAGCGCCAGCAGCUACGCCCUCGCCGGGUCCACCCUCACCCUCCGCAAAGCAGCAGACGAACCCAUCGAGCUUCUCCAUCUCCUCUACCGUCUACGAGGAGGACAGCACGCAUUCCAAUCGUCGAGCCUCGGUUUCGUCACGUCCCAUGUCCAUGAUACAAACAUAUCAACCGCCCGUCAUGGAAGUUGGCCAGGACACGCUGCCCGAGCUGCAACGCAUCUUCACUUUCCUCAACAGCCACUCCAACAAGUUAUAUCAAGAGGGCUACUUUCUCAAGUUUCACGACACCGAUACUCGUGGCCGCCCCGCUGCCGAUCGUGUAUGGCAAGAAUGCUUCGCCCAGCUGGUGGGUACCAUCCUUUCGCUUUGGGAUGCGAGUGAAUUAGAUAGAGUGGGCGACAAUGCCGAGGUGCUUCCUACAUUUAUCAAUCUGACAGAUGCGGCAAUUCACAUGAUGCCUUCAAUGACAUUGAGCGAUGGCAAGAAGCUUGACAACAUACUGAGCGUGUCGACUGCUGCCAGCAACAAAUACCUCCUCCAUUUCAAUUCGUUCAAUUCGUUGACGCAAUGGACCGCCGGGAUCCGUCUCUCCAUGUUUGAACAUGGAUCGCUACAGGAAGCAUACACAGGUGCGCUGAUUGCCGGGAAGGGCCGGCAGCUGAACAACAUGCGUGUGCUGUUGGACAGACAGCGCUCAAAAUACGAAGACUGGGUGCGUGUGCGAUUUGGCGCCGGCACGCCGUGGCGUCGCUGCUGGUGUGUGGUCAGUCCUCCAGACGAAAAGGAGGUGGCCAAAAUGCAGAGGAAUCAAUUGAAGAAGAAGGAUAUUUACAAUCGCACCUCAAUCACUCUCAAGGGCGACAUGAAGUUCUAUGAGACACAGAAGAUCAAGAAAAAGACGCGUCCCAUCGCGACAGUGGAAGACGCAUACUCGUGCUACUCACUCUACCCACAGUCAAAGCAACUUAUCGAUCAGUCCACCCUGGUAAAAAUCGAAGGAAAAAUCACGAUCCACUCGCAGCCCGAGAAGGUUACAGAAGGAUUCGUCUUUGUAAUGCCCGAAACCCGACCCGCCGUGCCUGGGUUCGAGAUUAUGCUUCAAUUUCUUUUCCCCACCUGGGACACGUUCGUGCUCUAUGGCCGACCUAACAAGCUGGUCGCAGAUGUUUUGGACUCCCGGGGCUUGAUGUUUGCCAUGCCUCCUGAUCGCCGGUACGGUUAUCUGGAAAUGUGGGAUAUCGUCGGUUUGAUUCACACUGAAGGCAGUCAAUCUUGGUCAGAGCGGCGAUGGAGGAAGGAGUUGAAGGAUCUCACCUCGAAGCGCAUCGCGACGGAUCCCCGCGAUCGAAAUGGUAGCAGGCCCGGUACGCGCAGGAACACGGUUAGCCGCACCAGCAUGGCUCCAUCGCGAUCCGGCACUCUCCGCUUCGCGGAAGAAGGGUCUAUCCGCUCUCAGCCUUCCACGCGCCAAGUGUCGCCAGUGCGGAAUAGUGAUGUCCAGCCUCAAGCUCCGAAUCGUGUUGAUUCUGCUCCGCCCGCUGUAGUCUCUUCAACUCCACGCCAUCAGCGAGCGGUCUCCGAGCAAGUGAAUGGCUACAAGCCAAAAUCUUCCCGUGUUUCCCAGUCUUACGAUACUCCACCGCGACCUCCACCUCAUGGAGCCAACCCGCAGCAAAGCGAGGGCUACGAAACCCCCGAUAGCCAGCCCCCUAGCCCAGAUACACGAGUUUUCCCUGAGAUGCAGGUUGCGCCUACCGCCCCACCGCAUGGCCCAGUCGAGACACCCCCAACAUUUGCACAUGCGCCUGGCCAGAAACCACCAGUUCAGGUGCAGAACCCCACCACAAUGAAACCCAGCGCGCACAUGGAUCACGCGACCCUCGAUCAGCUCGCCGACGCAACUCAUGCCCCUCUGCCUCCUGGCGUUGCAGCUGCGGGUGCCGCUGCAGCAUGGAAGAGCCGAGAGAGUCUCAACGGUAGGAAGGGCGGCGACCAGGGGCAAAACGGCAGCCAGAACCACCUGAAUGCUAAUCAUCAAGGAUACUCAGGGAAUCCAUAUUCUGGCAAUCGCCUUUCCACGAUUCCGGCAUCACCAUAUAUUGAGCAGGAACAGUUUGUAGAAUCUCCAACAGUAUAUCGGCCAGAGGCCCCAGCUGUCCCGGAGCAUGCAGAAAUGCCAGCGAUUCAAUCGCAAUCCAGUCAAGGUUCCGAUGAAAGAUCUGCUCCUGGUAUGGGCGGCGGCCAGAUACAUCGUAAACCAUUACCAGGUCGGUCUUCAAUGUCUCAACGAGGGGAUGAUGCCUACUCAGUCCACUCGACCACCAGCUCAAGUCUUCACAGUUUACGAAACGACAUAAUCGAUCCCGAGGCCCUCGACCGUUUCAAUCACGCCAACGAUGCAUUGCUCAGACAAGCAAGCAAAGCUAGUAGUAAAUACAGUCGCGAUGAUGCCAUGUCUACGUCCACGCCCGACUAUGCCAGUAUCGCCGAGGAGGAGGAAAUCGAACCCCCCAAACCUGCCGCUCGACGCCCGGAUCGCCCGCGCAGCGGUAUGCUCAAAGUUGUGGGCAAUUCGGAUGUCAGUGGCAAGCCAGACGCAAUUCUUGGAAAACUUUCUCUCACGCCCGAACCCGAACCCACCUCGCAGUUGUCAUCUGAAUACCCCUCGAUAGAUUUUGGCCCCACAUAUUGGUUGGAUCCGCUCGCAAAAAACCAAACUCCUGACGGCGAGACGAGCCCAGCCUUGACUGAUAAUCGCCUUUCGCAGUCCCGAGAGAAUCUGGCCGCUUCAACAAGUGAGCAGAAACGCAUGUCUUAUUCUGGCAGAACCACACCAAUAAUGUCGGCGCAUAUGCGUACGUCAUCUGGCUCGCCGCAAUUUAAUGAGACUCGAAGCAUGGCCUGGCAGCCUGGAAUGACAAGUCAACCACACGCGCACCACGAUAGACAGAAGCUUGAUGCAGAAGAGUGGGUGGCUAAGCGUGCUUCCUAUGGCCAGUCGCGCACACCACCUGCUUUCGCUCAUGGCAGAAGUAAUUCCCAUACUCCUCCACCUUUGGGCCGCGCGUAUUCUGGAGACUGGACACAUUUACAGCAACGUGGUCAAACAGAGAUGGCGCGGCCGCCCAGUCGUCCGCUUUCCCGGCCGUUAUCGCGAGGCGCUGACCGGUUGCUAGACCAGCGUCCAACAGCUCUAUCUGCACGCGAACAAGAGCAGGUAGCUCGGAUCACCAACACACCUCUUAUCAGCCUGUCGAAGAAUCCAAAGAAUGAGCAGAAGCCAGCUUCAGCAGGCUUGACUGCUUAUAUUGACAAGCGUGAAAAGGACAAAGCAGCAGCAAAAUCCAAUCGCAGCACGGUGGCCAUGCAAGCUGAGAUUGACCGUCGCAUGUUGGCAGCGCAGCAGCGCCAGAUGCUGGAAAUGCAACACAUGAAUCAGCAAAUGGCCGCCACGCCAACAAACUAUGCGCCGUCGAUGAUGGGGGCAACCACACCUGGAGGUUAUGCACCAUCUAUGAUGGGGACACCGUCGAUGAUGGGUACGCCUCAAGGGUAUUCGCCGGGAUAUGCAAUGUCCACCACACCGAAUCAGAUGCCUCAGAUGUAUGCACAGCAAGGAUAUUUUGCGCAACCGGGGAUGUCACCAGGCAUGCAACCCAACUGGGCCGCACAGCAGCAGAUGCAGAACCAAUACUAUGUGCAACAGCAACAACAGCAACCCACGACACAGGCCUAUGGAGCUAGCUUCGAUCAGGCACAGGCAGCCGCGCGUCACGCACAUCAACAACAACAACAACAACAACAACAACAACAACAACAACAACAACAACAGCAGCAGUAUCGACGGUGAAUAUUGAUGCAUUAGAUCAUAGCACACACGGAGAAAGGGCUUC